CCGCCCCUUGUUUCAUUUCCCCAACGACACCACAGUGUUAUAUAAAGGUCUAAACUAUUUUUUCAACUUCUCUUUCACUCCUGCACGACAGAACUGCUAUAAAAACUCAAGACUGAGAUUUGAUUGAAAACAGUAGGAAUCAUGGCUGGAAAAGUUGUGCUGUAUUAUUUCAAUGGGAGAGGGAGAAUGGAGUCAAUCCGCUGGCUCCUGACGGCUGCAGACGUGGAGUUUGAUGAGGUGUUUCUGACCACCCGAGAGCAGUAUGAGAAACUCCUGAGUGAUGGAGCGCUCAUGUUUCAACAGGUCCCUAUGGUGGAAAUGGAUGGAAUGAAGCUGGUUCAGACAAAGGCCAUCUUGAAUUAUAUCGCAGAGAAGUACAAUCUCCACGGGAAGGAUCUCAAAGACCGUGUCAUGAUCAACAUGUACACAGAGGCACUGAUUGAUCUCAUGGAGCUGAUCAUGAUUCUGCCCUUCAUUCCAGACCCCAACUCAAAACUGGACAACAUUCAAAGUAAAGCAAAAGAGCGCUACUUUCCUGUGUUUGAAAAGGCGCUGUCUGGAUGCGCACACCUGGUGGGAGGUAAACUAAGCAGUGCAGACGUCCUGUUGCUCGAAUCCACCUUGAUGCUGGAGGAGAAGUUUCCAGCAAUUCUGUCCGACUUCCCCAACAUCAAGGCCUUGCAGGAGAGGAUGAAAAGUAUUCCUGCCAUCAGCAAGUUUCUGCAGCCUGGCAGCAAGAGGAAGUCGCCUCCAGACGACGUCUACAGGAAGACCGUCAUGGAAGUGCUACAAUCCAGUUUACUAAACCGAUGAACUCUGAGGAAUCUGACGCAUUCCUUAAAUAAUCCUGAUUAACGAUGAUUUAAACUGAGAUUAGUGUGCACGGUGUCGAAAUGCAAAACAAUAAUGUUGCAGAAUUAAUGUAAUCUAAUCUGUCACAAGUCUAAAUAAAAUAAAAUAAAAUAAAAUAAAAUAAAAUAAAUAUAAUGCAGGGCGGUCAGGUGCAUUCAAGGUGAACUUUAGACAGACAGUUACCUAAUUCAGAGUUAUAUAAUUUCCUUCCUACAAUCUCGGGCUUACCAGACACAAAAUUAACAACUACAAUGACUAGUUAGGACACGCUCGUUAAAUUUUAACAGUGAUAGUAACUUUAUUUUGACCGAAGUCUGUGUAGUCUCAUCAUUUACUGACAGGAAGCCUGGCAGACCUCUAGAUGUCGCUGUGAAGCCUCAAGUAAUUCAAAUAUACUUUGAACGAGAAAAGGACAAUACUAAACCAAUUGUAUGUGAGGACCUUUGUUUUCUUUAGUUAGUCUUGGUCUAUAUAUAUUACACAUCUUUAAGCAAAAGCGCAGUCGUUACAACUGUACUUUUAAACCGUGACUGUACUUCCUUGUUUGUGCCACAAUGCGCAUGUGCCAUUUGUCUGUGCUAUGUUCGCUGACCAUCAAUAAAAUGGGAAAUUACUACUAA